GGAAAGCGCCGCGCGUUCCGCAGCCAUGGAGUACCUGCCGGCCCCGGCGGCCCCGGCGCAGGGCCACAUCCUGUGCUGCCAGUGCGGCGUCCCCAUCCCGCCCAACCCGGCCAACAUGUGCGUGGGCUGCCUGCGGGCCCAGGUGGACAUCACCGAGGGCAUCCCCAAGCAGGGCACGGUGCACUUCUGCAAGCAGUGCGAGAGGUAUCUCCAGCCUCCAGGAACCUGGAUCCAGUGUGCCUUGGAAUCGAGAGAGCUCCUGGCUUUGUGUCUGAAGAAACUCAAAGCUUCCCUGAGCAAGGUCCGGCUGAUUGAUGCAGGAUUCAUUUGGACAGAACCACAUUCCAAGAGGCUCAAGCUCAAAUUGACUGUUCAGAAAGAGGUGAUAAAUGGGGCAGUUCUGCAGCAGGUGUUUGUGGUGGAGUACAUUGUUCAGUCUCAGAUGUGUGAAGACUGCCACAGGAUUGAAGCCAAGGAUUUCUGGAAAGCUGUGGUGCAAGUCAGGCAAAAGACUGUGCACAAGAAGACUUUUUUCUAUUUGGAGCAGCUGAUUUUGAAGCACAGGCUCCAUCAAAACACACUAAGGAUCAAAGAAAUCCACGAUGGCCUGGAUUUUUAUUACUCUUCCAAGCAACAUGCCCAGAAGAUGGUGGACUUCCUUCAGUGCACAGUUCCAUCCAGAUCCAAGUCAUCCCAACGUUUGAUCUCCCACGACAUUCACAGCAAUGUCUACAACUACAAAAGCACUUUCUCCGUGGAAAUCGUUCCCAUUUGCAAGGACAAUGUUGUGUGUCUGUCACCCAAGCUGGCCCAGAGUCUGGGGAACAUGAGCCAGAUCUGUGUGUGCAUCAGAGUGACCAGCACCAUCCACCUCAUCGACCCCAGGACUCUGCAGAUUGCUGAAAUCGAUGGAAACACCUACUGGCGUCACCCCUUCAACAGCCUGUUCCACCCCAAGCAGCUGGAGGAGUUCAUCAUCAUGGAUAUCAACAGGGUGCAUGAGAAGAAAAAGGGUGCUGGGGCAGGGGCUCGAUCAAACAAGCACACUCUGGCUGAAGCCUGGGUCAGGAAAACCUCGGAGCUGGACACGGAUCACCAAUAUUUCUGCUGUACUCACCUGGGGCACAUCCUGAAUCCUGGGGACCUGGUCUUGGGCUUCGACUUGGCCAACUGCAACUUAAAUGAUGAAUUUGCCAACAAGAUGAACCCCCAACAUAUUCCUGAUGUGGUGCUGAUCAAGAAGAGCUACGACCGCUCCAAGCGGCAGCGCCGCAGGAACUGGAAGCUGAAGGAGCUGGAAAGGGACAGGGAAGCCACGGACACAGAUGAUGAAAGACAAUACCAGGACUUCCUGGAAGAUCUGGAAGAGGAUGAGAACAUAAGGAAGAAUGUCAACAUUUACAGAAAUGCAGAUAUUCCAGUGGAGAGUGACACAGAUGAUGAUGGAGCUCCACGGAUCAGCCUGGCUGAGAUGCUGGAGGAUCUCCACAUUUCCCAGGACGCCACGGGAGGGGAGGGAGCAGAAAUGCUGACAGAAAAACCUCCCUGGAAAGCCCUUGGUGAGAAAGACUGGAAAAUCCCAUGGAGUGUGAUGAAUAUUGAACUAUGUCCCAUGUCUGGAUGAGUGGAUUAAAAGCAACACCACAGUAAUUAAUUAAUAAAUCAGCUAUAAAGGAUUUAAAAACC